CGGAAGGGGGUGAAAGUGUCCGGACUGGAAGGGGGGGGGGGAAAGUGUCCGGACUGGAAGGGGGGUGAAAGUGUCCGGACUGGAAGGGGGGAAAGUGUCCGGACUGGAAGGAGGGUGAAAGUGUCCGGACUGGAAGGGGGUGAAAGUGUCCGGACUGGAAGGGGGGAAAGUGUCCGGACUGGAAGGGGGGUGAAAGUGUCCGGACUGGAAGGGGGGUGAAAGUGUCCGGACUGGAAGGGGGUGAAAGUGUCCAGACU